GCACCUGCAGAAGCCAAGAAUCACGGCAAACUAAAUUGGAUUCAGACAACCACUCUGGACUGUAACUGCUGGCUGGGCCCACAAGAUAUUCCGCAUAUUAUAAUAAGUCACUAAACGCUGUGGAUUGAAGUAGCCUGUUUUCUUUCUUUUCUUCAAGUUGUUCCGACUGACGGAGAGCGGCUGCUAGGAUUUACUUUUACCAUGUCCCAGUUGGAGUCUGUCGAUAAUAUCCGAUAAGGACUUUAGGCUACCCGGGAAAAACCAAGAGAAAAUCUUCCUUUACUGAUGGCCGGAUUUUUCCAACAGCUGCGACUUUUACUUUGGAAAAAUGCCCUUGGUGUCAUUAGACAACCGGGCUGGACUGUGGCCCUCCUGGUUUGGCCACUGGUCAUCUUCAUCAUCCUGGCCAUCACCCGCUCCCAGUUCCCCCCUAAGUUGAAAGACUCAUGCUAUGUGGCCCCUAGGAACCUCCCCAGUACAGGUUUCUUCCCCUUUCUCCAGACCCUCAUGUGUAACACAGACAGCUCCUGCCACAACACAACUCGUCUGUUCGCCAAGGGUUCAACUAAAAACACCAGGGCAUCGUGGACAGAACACGAUGCAAAGAGGGUAUCCCUGCUGCCCCAUGGCACCCCCAUGCUAAUGGGCAUUGGGAUGGGUGGUAGAGUCCGUGCUGUGCUGCACGAGACAUCUGACCAGCCUCAGAUCAUGGAGCUCUGGGACAACUUUCUGAAUGCCAGCCACCAAGAUAAAUCAAAGUACAACUCUCCCAUGGAGGGAUUGAACAACACCCUACUGGGAGACAAGGAAGCGCUGGAUGCGAUGCUGGAUUCCGUGAACCUGUUGAAGAGGUCUCUGUGCUCCUUCUCCCUGACGGUCCUUAACGUGUCCUCCAUGUCCUCCAUCGACCCCCUCACCUACGGACUGGUCACCUUCUGCAAGUCCAACAACACCCUGCUGGAGGUCUCACUGCUCACCAUCAACCAGGUCCUGACGGAGCUGUUGCUGAAAGACCCAGCGCAGGCCCUAACCACAAUGGGCACGGCAGUUGUGGUGUUUGAGAGGCUGCAGAGGGAGACUUCGCUGUGGGAGGGGCUACUGGGCCUGCCACGUCUCCUCAUGCCCACCACCCCCGAUAAGAUCCUGGAUCAGGUGCUGGAUGAGGGGGAGAGUCUUCUGCAAAACAUCAAGAGGACUAUGGCUGCCAUCGAGAGCAACUUCCCAGAGGCUAAUCUUUCAGCUGUCUCCAUGGUGAACCCUGCUAUUGUCGGAAGCAUCAACUUGCUCCAGUACGUCAGGAACUGGCAUGGCAAAGAUGUCUACAUCACUCUUGGUGAUGUUAUCAUGGUGCCACCCAAUACCUCAGCACCAGCAGCUGUCAACACCCUCAUGCAGCAGGUCAGGAUACCACUAGACCAGGCUGUGGCGCUUACAAUGGACAAGGCACUCCUGCAUUCCUACAUAUGUUCAGGAAACCUCAGUGUUGAGCUCCAAGCAGCUUGUACUGGAGGGACAAUGGAUAUGCUGCUGGGGUGGAUCARUGCCGACAAGGUGGCCCAACAGAGCCUCCUGGCCUCGAGUAAAGACACUGCUCCGGGGGAUGUGACCUUCGCCAAAGGCCUCGUCCACAGCCUGAUGGGACUGUUUGAGGCCCCCGGGGGCCACGGCUUCUCCAACAACACCAGGUCCCAGCGUAGCAGCGACACGCAGCCUCAGACCAUAGAGGAAGAGCUGUUCCUGGGUGUGUCCUCAGUAGCAGUGGAGCUUCUGAAGGGCAUUCCUGGCUGGAACUACGUUCAGAUGGCCCUCACCACUGGCCAUGCCUCCAUGCAGCUGGCUACGACAGGCUUGGAUACUGUAGUGGAGAUGAUGGGGAAGGUGUCGACGGACGCCCAUACCUACCAGGAUACCUUCCUCUCCCUGAUGUCCAACCAGGCUGCUGCUGACAACUUUGCUGGACAGGUCAUGGACUCAAUAGUGAAGACAAUCAUGAAGGUGAGUGGACUGGCUUUAAUUAGGAAAAGCAGGCAAAGCCGGUUGAAAUUACAUCAUAAAAAGAACUUAAGCACUUAUAACCUGCUUACAACCAGAAGUAUGCUGAACAAAAAUGUAAAGUGUUGGUCCCAUGUUGUCCUAAUAUCUCAGGGACCAGUAAGGUGUGAAGAUCUGCUGGGCCAGUGGUCCUGGCUCUCCUCUCUGAGCUCCAUGGACCCCAGCCUGUGGAAUGCCCUCUUCUGCCCAGGGAAUAACUCUCGUCUCCCAGAUGCUCUGCUGGCUGAGUGGAUGCCUGUGGUUGACAAGGCGACUCAGCUUAUGAACAUAGKACAGGGCAAUACCAACGCCAAUGUCACCCUUCCCAUGAUCCUCACUGAGUGGCAUGCACUGGCUGGCUCCUUUGUCAGCGGUGAAGUGGCCUUGAGGAACUUCAGUAAUCUGUUGGAUGCUGCCUACCUGGUGGGCUGGGUCCCUGAGAACAUCACUGCAGUGGACUGGACACAGAUWCUCAUGACAAGGGGUUUGGGGGCAUUCGUCACUGUGGGCUCUCACCUUCAGAACAGCUCAAUGUGGCCGUCUAUGGAGUCAUACUUCCACAUCGCCUACUGGAUAAUGAACUACCAGCCCAACGUCACCGCUUCACCAAAUUGUACUGUUGAUUCUACCACAUACGCCUAUAUCUGCAAUACUGGGUUUACCUGGCAGCAGUUUAUCCCAACCACCGCUGCUCUGGUGCAGGAGUUUUCUGCUAAUCCUGCUGUAUUACUUCGGCAUGUCCAGGGCUCCUUGUCUUUCCUCCAGGCUGUCUAUGGAAACAUCGCCACGGGCCUGGUCACCCAGCUCCUCAGCGCCGACCUAGUCCUAGGGGACGGCUCCAUCCCAGCCCUCCUGGAGAACCUGAUCACCAUCCUGAACAAGGACAUCACGCUGGUCUCCAACCUCAUGUCCCUGGAGCAGUUUAGCACCAACUCCGAGCUGCCCCUCUCUCUCCUGGGGGAGAUGUUAGAGGCCCUGGGCCUGAAGCCUCUGGAAGCCCUGUGGAUCCAGGGAGGUGGAUCCCAGGCCCCCAACACCUCAUCUGUGAUGGCCAUUGCCCUGAAGGUGGCCAAGAACACCCGGCAUCUAGUUACMGGGCUCCCUGUCGAGAACGCCAACAUGCCAGACCUGACCGGGGUGGAGUCUCUGCUGAUGCAGUGGCUCUCAGUAGCUCAGGGAAACCUGACCCUGCCUCUGUCUCUCAGUAUGGGAGAUGCUCUGAUCACCUACUCUGGCUCUUUCAACUCUACCUCCCUGGCCUUCCUCAGACAGCUGCUCAAUCCUCUCACCAACCAGAGCUCAGCGGGCAUAGCAGACAACAUCCUGUGGGCCAUGGAGCGGCUGAAGACUGUGCUGGAUGCUCCUAACGGUGACUCAACACCCAUUCUCCUGGGGUAUGUGAUCCAACUACAGGAGUUGCUGGUCUCGACUCUACAGCUACGCAGAUAUGAGCAGCUCUUGCUUCCAGAUGGGAACCUCACCACAGCUCAGGUGACAGACCUCCAUUUGGUUGUGGUGGACCUCUUCCAGCUCCUGUACGUCCAGCAGCUCAGCCAGGCUGGGGAUCAGGCUGCCCUACAGACCCUACUACAGAGACUCUCAACCCUACUACCUCUACAGCUCCAACAGCAGUACCUUGGGAUGGUCAGCCACUUCCAGGCUGUGAUGGAGAGCUUGGUGUCUUGUACAGCGGCAGGUCAGGACUGCACGGCUACGGUCCCACAGGUGCUCCAGAUCCUGGCAGCUAGUGGGGACCACAUGUUCAGUGGGGGCCAAGCUAAACCCAGCAUGCCAAGCCAGGAGUCCAUGAAAGUGACUGUCAACCUGCUUACUCUCCUCUUCGCCUGGCACGAUACCGACAUGUCUAACAAUAUGUCCGUCACGCCAGAGUCUGUCCUCAAGACCGUGGACCGGACUGCCUUCUUCCUCCAGCAGAUUACAUCGACUCCCAACAUCAGCGUUACCUCUCUCCAGCAAGCUAUGCUACAAUCCAACCUUACCCUGGGGGAGCUGAAGAAGAUGGCUGCCCUGGCCGGCGCAACCAACGCACCAGCUCUCCUGGCUAGCAUCAUGGGCGUCAUCAACGUGCAACAAUGCCUGGAGCCCCAGCCCAACAAUCCCAUCAGCCUGGCCCAGUGUGCACUGGAGGUGAGUGAGAGAGUCACUGGUUUUAUCCUUGCGCUGCCUAUACCUCCGGGAUGCCAGUCCAACUGCACAGCGCUAAUCUCCCUCCUCCCCAUCCUGGUCAACCACUCUGUGAGUAUCGGCCUUGCCGCCGGCUCUGGCCCAACCCCACUCAUACCAACAACUGAGGCUAUUACAGCUACCAUAGCCAGCAUCAGAGAGAAUCUACAGCAUCUCAACCUGGAGUCUGUGGAGCUGAUCAGUAACGAGCUCCAUGUCCUUGAGGGUUUAAUCAAACUGUCCGCCUCUGGACAGUCUCCAGUCUACUCACACAAUUCCACUGAUCCACUGAUGCAGGACUCGGGUAAUGUACAGAAGGUGUAUUUGGAGAUGGCACAGUGGUAUCUGAGGAAGCUAGAGAAUGUGACCAGAACCAGUACCUUCUCAGAACUCCUGGACCCUUUCUUCCAUAUGGCAGAGAUGCAGCUGGCUCUCCAACUCUCUCAGACUGAAUUUACCAUCUUUGUUAGUAAAGAGGUUGAGUAUUUGAUGAGAAGUAUCCAAUACCCUAUCAACGGGACAGACGUGAGUAAAAUCGGCCAAUCGGUCAUCAGGAUACUCAAGGGUAACCUGGACCUGUUCAAGUUAAACAUUGCUUACCAAGCGGUUAUGGGGAACAAUUGGCUAAACUACAGCUUGAUUAAUGAGGCCGAAACCCUGAUCAAUAAUGAACUCCCUGUGCUUGAGGGUUUGAUCGAACUGUCCGCCACUGGACAUUCUCCAGUCUACUCACUCAAUUCCACUGAUCCACUUAUGCAGGAUCCAAAUUACGCACAGAAAGUGUAUUUGGAGAUAGCACAGUGGUACCUGAGGAAGCUAGAGAAUGAAACCAGCACCAGUGCCUUCUCAGAAAUCCUUGACCCUUUCUUCCGUAUCGCAGAGAUGCAGCUGGCUCUCCAACUCUCUCAGACAGAAUUCACCAUCUCUGUUAGUAAAGAGGUUGAGUAUUUGAUGAGAAGUAUCCAAUACCCCAUCAAUGGAACAGAUGUGAGUAAAAUCGGCCAAUCGGUCAUCAGGAUACUCAAUGAAAACCUGAACCUGUUAAAGUUAAACAUUGCUUACCAAGAAGUUUUGCAGAACUCUUUCGGGAACUUAAACUGGCUAAACCACAGCUUGUUAAGCGAGGUCGAAACCCAGAUCAGGGAGUACCUCAACCUGACACAGGAUUGGCUGAGACAGCCCCGUGUGACCCAGGUCCUGACCAAUAUGCUGCAUUGGAACAUAAGCGGUGGGAUGAUGAACGUGACUACUCCUGGGAUGGACCUCCAGCAACUUCUCAGGACUCUUGGCUCUUUCCUCACCCCAGAGCAACAGGCCUACCUCACAGCCAUCCAACACAACAGCCAGACUCUCAACCAGGUUCUGUUGGUGGCCAGUCAGGAAGGAGGUCUGGGUAGUGACCAGUUCAUCCAGGCGAUCAUGGAUGCUGCAAGCUCUGUCCUGAGUGGCUUCACCAUGGACCUCACACCACAGAACGGCACUGCAGAGAUCCAGGGUAUUCUACAGGGUGAAGAGGUCCAGAUUAUUCUUCAGGAUGCCCUCCAGCUGGCAUUCAGACCUAACAUGAGCAACGCCCAGUCACUCAACAUCACCAUGGAGAUUGUCAGGAGGGCAGAGGGUGUGGUUAGAUUGCUGGUCCCCCAGGAGGCUGUUGGGUAUCUGUUGCCAGGGUUCAGGUUCAUUAGCACCUACCUUGAGACAGUCUCCAGACCUGGCGGGCCUGAUAAGUGGAAUGAGAUCAUUGUGAACGAGCUGAAGAUGGUCCAGGGCCUCCUGGCCCCUGACAGCAGUGCCCAGGUCUAUCUCUCUGUCAUCAUCAACAUCACUCAUGUCAUCCUGGACUCCAGCCAAAGCCAAGUUAGCAACAUGGGCCCUUGGAGCAACAUGAGUCUAUGGGCUAACAUUGGUAAUGAUAUGACUGCUGAAAACCUUGCAGAAAUUGCUGGUCAGAUGACUGGUCUCCUAAACUCUGUGCUACCCCUCAUCCUUGGGCAGCAGGGUAUCAUGCCUUUCCCUCUGCCUUCUCCUGAGAUGCUCCCUGACAUACUCCCUGUGCUGAUACAGAUCCUCACUCAGCAGGCUAACCAAAGCAGCUGGGAUAAGUUGGAGGGGAUGAUUGGGGCCCUCCUGUCGACACUCAGGGACACCCCGGUGUGGGACUCUGUUUCCCCUGCUGUUUCUGUCAUGAGCCAAGUCAUGGGAGCCUUGGUCAACAAUAUGCAGGCUGAGACAGCAUUCAUCUUGAGUUUCCAGAAGCCACUGGCUGUCCUGAUGUCAGAGUUGGUACAAGCUGUGAAUGGCAGUGAUUUCAAUAUGGCUGACGUGUCUGAGGGAAUGAUCCUUGCCAUCGAGCUCACUGUGGAAGCUGCCAUACAGGCUGCUAAUAGGAGUAAGACCUUGGAGUGCAGGCAGGUCCUGAAAGCCUGGGAGCCAGUUAGAGAGGCGGCUGGGCUGAGUGAGGCCAGCCUGGGUUUGUGGUGUAACAUCAGCCUGCUACCAGUCAUGGAGGCCGAUGCUGCGUCCAACUAUGUCUAUGCCAAUCCAAACAUGACCGGCAUGGGGAUGGGGCAUGGGCCAGUAUCAGUGGACACUACAGCAGCUAUGAUGGUGGCAGCUCUGCGUUCGUUCUACUGGGUCCAGGUUAACCGCACCAUAGUUACUGAGCAGCUUGGUGCAAUGCUGUUCAACACAUUGUACCAGCUACAGGGACUUAAUAUGACCACCGAGGACCAGGCUCACUGGAACGCACAGUUUCUCCAACUACAACUGAGCCAGAGUACUCAGGAUCUUAGGAUGGCCUUGGAGCAGCUGGAUGCCCUGGCCAUGGACAACCCCUGGAUGAGACCCUACCUUCUGGCUGUAGAGAUGACCCUAAACUACACUCUGGAGAAUAGCCAUCUACUCCAGAACUCCACCUCCGCCCAGCAUGUGUUCAUGGAAGCCAUGGAGAUCCUCCUGACAGGCAUGAACUUCACCGAGGACCUGGACCUGUGGAUGCGUCCCUACCUCCAAGCCAUGGAGAUGACUAUCAACUACACCAUGGUCUACAGCCAGCUCCUACAGAAUGCCACAUCUGCCCAGCACCUCCUGAUGGAAGCCCUGGAGAUGCUCCUCACCGGGUCUAAUCUCACCCAGGACUCCAUCCAGGCCAUACUCACAGAGAACAUCUUCUCCAGGCCAGACGGAGGGUCGAUCAACAAGCUGCUGAAAGAUAUGAUCAGGGAGCUGGUCCGUGUACAGUUUCUGGGAGACUGGCCUAUUGUCUACGGCGUCAUGGAACAGUUCCUAUCUGCCAACGCCACAAACCUCAUCCUGGAGAAGGCUAUUGAGUUCAGCGGCUGGUGGGGCUCCUCUACCGCCACCGGGUUGGAUCUGGUAACCCAGGCUCUGCCCAGGAUGUACGAGGUGGUGAAGGCCUUCUUAUCCACUUUGAGACAGAUGAGUGUCCCCUUCCCUCCCAUCUCUGAGAUGUUUGUGGAGCUAGCAGAGCACGUCAUCACCAUGCUCAGACAGGUAUCUCAGACCAGUGAUCUCUUCGCCCCGCUGGACUACUACCUGAGCCAAUUACAAGACGAGAUGACCGGGCGGAGCAGGAGUCCCUUCCCCCACCACAAUGAGGGUGUGUCCAGGAGGGUCCGCCGCGAAUUGAUGAGGGAGGAGCCAAUUAAAGAGCCAAUGGAUGACUUCCUUGAUCUGUUCUACUUGGACUACCCUGUCUUGUUCCAGGCCCUGGCAAUGCCACCCACCAUGCCAGACAUCAUGGAGACUGCCCAUAUGUUCUUCGGCAACCCUGACUUGUCUGUAGUGCUCAAAGGGGUCUCUAGGGACAUGGGCAUGGUACCACCAUCACUACCACCCAUGGGGAACGUCUCCAGGUCCAUGUCCAGGGCCGGAGCCGUGACAUGGGGCCCCUCAGUCCCCCCUCCUCUGGACGACCCCAUCGACGUGGCCCUGGGCAUCCUCUCCUACCUCACCCUCCCCAAACAGUGGCAGGCAUACAGCCAGCUAUUCGUGGAGAUAGCACAUGAAGACUGGAUCAUGGAGGACUUGGCCAAGAUACAGAAGUUGUCAGCAGGCCUGGGCAAGAUGGCGGACAUGGCCAUGGUGCUGUCCCAGCAUCCCCCACUACAGGUCGCCCAGAGGGUGGAGCAUAUGGUUAGGCAGCUGAGUGCUGAGGUGGCAAGGAUCAUCUACAGUGGCCCCAACAAUGGAUCCAACAUGGCCGUUCAGUUUCUCACCGCCUUCAACGACAUCCUGGCGGAUAACCUUGAAGAGGUCUCUGAUAUUACAUCUCAGAUCAAUGCUAUUAUUCAGAACAUCCUCAGCUCUCUGUCCAGACCAGAAGCUUACAUGAGUCUGGCUCCGUACAUGAUGGCUCUAGACCAGACCAUUGCUGUGUUCACCUCUUACCUACCCACGGACAGCCUGAUGUACCUCAACACCUCUGGCCAGAUGGUGAAAGGCUUUGCACGGCUGGUUUCACACCCACGGGACAUGAAGAAGAUGAUGAAGGCUACAAGCAUGCUCUCUGCCUCACUGGAUCAUCUCCUGGCCUCUGAUAGGGAGACAACCCUUCCGGACAGGAAGCCGAUCCAGUCCAUCACUCACCCUCUCUUCCUGAACAGUGCCUUAGCCACUCAUACCCUGUUCAACCUCUCCGCUGAAGGUCACAACUUCAGCAGCCCUCACGAGAAAGAGGCAAUGAUCAAUCAGACUUUCCUUGCCCUGGUGGCCUUUCUGCCUGAGGACCAGAGAAUAUACGUUCUCCCUCUGGAGCCGGUCCUUCUCGCUGCCCUCUCUGGGGUCUCCAACACGGCCCAGAUCCCUCCAUCCUUCCUGGGGAUCUCCAAGCAGGUCACCAUGUCUAUCCUUACCAUGCUCAACCUAACCAACACCCCAACAGGGUACCAGGGGGACAGUGCUGGUGCCACGGUCCAGGUCCUGUUUAGAGUGUCACAACAGGUGUCCACCAGCCUGUGGCAAGGUUUAUCAAUGCCCCAAUCAGCCGUCCACGUACCCUCCAUGUUGGCAUCCCUCAACCGGGCUGCCAUGGCUGUGGCACCMCUGAUGCCCGAUGGCAGUGAACACUACUUCAACGUCUCCCUCCAUAUCUUGCACAUCACCACCAUGGCUAUCAACUACACCGCCACCACUGGGGACAUAGCCGGCGCUAUGGCUGUCAUCUCUAGCUCGGUUCAGAGUCUCCUGGUCUCUCUGUCUUCAUACCCCAGCCUGCAGACAACAGGCAGUAUCAUAGGCGACCUGGAACAUGCCAUCCAGAAGAUGUUGCAGGUGUUACGGUCAGGCCGAGGCCCCCUGGCCCAGACUGCUGAUAUCACCCAGCUGCUUCUCCAUAACGUUCAGGGUCUCCUGGGCCUGGCAAACACUAGCAUGGAGGCCAGCGUGGCUCGUCUGGUACUGGCUGCAGCCAAGAUGAACACUGGACAUCUGCUAAUGAUGAACGAGACCAACUGGACACACAAGUUGACGAUGGUUCUGACAGACAUAUCUAACAGGGUUCCCGAGGACCUUCCCUAUGCUCCCCUUAUUAAGAAUAUCACAAUGGGCCUGGCCACUGAAUCACAAGUGAACCUACACCUCCUACUCCAGACCAUCCAGUUAGGGUCUGAACUCUUCAGCAGCAGCUGGUCAGAUGGAAACUUCAGCAACAGACUGGUCUCCCUGACCUCUACGGUGUGUGCGCUGGAGGAUAUGGACUCCAUCCAACAGGUGAUGCAGGCUCUGUCUCUUGGCCCAGGGUUCCUGUGUGAGACUGCCAUGCCCAUUCUCCAGGCCUUCCACAUAAUGACCCGGAGUCUGGUCCAGGACAGCUCUGACCUGUUUGAAGCUCUGUUCCAAACCUUCAUAGGAGACCCCAACACCUACAAUGUCAACAUAAACUGGACCUCUGCACUCACCCAGACGCUUGGCCUGAACAUCAGCAGCCUGAAAACCCUCAACAUCAACAUGACCUCUCCAGGUGUGGUGAAAAUGUCGGAGCUCUUGAGGAACAAGACAGCAUUUGCUCUGGAGGUCCAGCGUUACACUGACAUCCCACCUGAGAUCCUCCACCUGCUGAUGGAGACCACCAUGCCUAACAGCAACUUCCAGAUCCUAGCGUGGCUGGCUAACAUGCACCACUGCAGGGACCCAACCAGCCUGCAGAUGAAUAGCACAGAGCAGCUCAUCUUCCGGGUCUUCUGCAACCUGCCUAUAAACCAGUGGUACAACUUUGUAGUCAUCGUGGCUCGCUACGUCCACAUGGAGAACGUGAUAUACAGGCUGAUGCUGUCCAGUGAGAUGCAGAGCAUAGUGGGGUUCAUGCUGCAGAUGGUCAAGUUCCUGACGGACAUGAUGGGCAAGCUGCUUCCUGCCAUCGCCCACCUGCAGGACUACAUGUUCUCCAUACGAGACCUCAACCUGGUCUCUGACCCAGAGUUCCGCAGUAUGGUGCAUGGUAAAACCAGAACAAUGUCCAGCAGAGCUACAUUCACCACUGUGUCCAGAGCCAUGUGUAACCAUGGCAUCAUGUCCCUGUUUGGCAUCUCCAAGCUGCCCAUCAUGACUGAGACAGACCCCUCCACACAGCAGGAGCACAGGAUGGAGGAGCUGGUCAACAAGUUCAAGAUCCCUCGCAAUGCCACUCCUUUCUGUAUGAACUUCUACCUAGACAUGGUGAACACCACUGGAGGAGCCAUAGCCUGGGCCUUCCUCAAGCCCAUGCUGCUGGGACAGGUCCUGUACAGCCCAGACACACCACUCACUAGGAACAUCAUAGAAAAGUCCAAUGCCACAUUGCAGCAGUUUGCCAACCUGAAGAUGUACUCCCAGGAUUGGCUCCAGUCCUCUUCCUACAUUAUGGACUCAGUCAAGAUACUGAAUCAAACCCUGCCAAUGCUCCAGAAUUCCCUUGGCAAUUCUUUUGUUCAGAAUUUCAUUGAGAUGCAGACAGACAUUGAUGUGAGCAAGAUGAAGGAUACUCUCAAGAACUUCUCUAACACAACGACCCUCCUGGAGAAAAACAAGGACAUUGUGACCCAGAUCACCACUCUGUCCAACCUGAUGAUGAACCUGUCCUCCUGUAUUAAUUUUGACCGUUUCCACGGCAUCAACUCUACUGACGACCUCAACACCAUGGCCGAACACCUCACCCAGACCAGAGACCUCUACGCCAGUAUCAUCUUCAAGCUGCCCAAGGAUGAUGACGACUCACACAGGAAGCGGCGAGACGCCUCACGCUCCUCCUCCUCCGCGCUGCCUCCCAAGGUGGACUACACCAUCCGCAUGUCCAUCGAGAACUCCAUGCGGACCGACCGCUCCCGCAACCCUUUCUGGGUGAAGGACCCCUACAUCUCCUCAUUGAAGACCCAGCGCUACAACCGAGGCUUUGUAUACCUGCAGGAGAGCAUCGACAGGGCCAUCAUAGAGACCCAGACAGGACAGCAGGUCACUGAGCCAGCCGUCCAGCUACAGGCCUUCCCUUACCCCUGCUUCCUCAAGGACGAGUACCUGAACAGCAUCGCAUUUGCAUUCCCUCUGGUCUUGAUGAUUGCCUGGGUUCUGUUCAUCGCCAACUUUGUGAAGAAGCUGGUUCAUGAGAGAGAGCUCAGACUUCAUGAGUACAUGAAGAUGAUGGGGGUCAAUCCCAUCAGUCACUUCUUCGCCUGGUUCAUAGAGAGUGCAUGCUUCCUUAUCAUUACCAUAAUCAUCCUCACCAUCAUCCUGAAGGCUGGGCGCGUCCUGCCCCACAGUGACGGCUUCCUGCUCUUCCUCUACCUCAGUGACUACGGACUCAGCAUCCUGGCCAUCAGUUUCCUGGUGAGCUCAUUCUUUGACAAGACCAACAUCGCUGGGUUGAGCGGCGCCCUCAUCUACGUCAUCAGCUUCUUCCCAUUCAUCGUAGUGAUGUCACUAGAGAGCUCGCUAUCGUUCUCCACCAAGAGCGCCCUGAGUUUGUUUGCCCCCACCUGUUUCAGCUACGCCAGUCAAUACAUCUCUCGCUAUGAGAGCCAGGGAGAAGGGAUCCAGUGGAGCAACCAAUAUAUCUCACCCAUGGCCGGUGACACGUCAUCCUUCGGCUGGCUAUGUUGGCUUCUCCUCAUCGACUCAGUUUGCUACUUCAUCAUUGGAGCCUACAUUCGCAUAGUCUUCCCGGGAAAGUAUGGCAUUGCUAAACCCUGGUACUUCCCUGUGAUGCCCUCAUUCUGGACUGGUCUCUUCUGCUGCUGCAGCAAGGGCCCUAAGAAUGUCAACAGGGGACUGCUCUUCUCCAACAUCAUGAAGAAUAACGUCUCUGUCUUUCCCAAUGAGAAGGACAGCAAAGUUGAGGGUGGCUUCCCCUCUCAUAUGAAAGAGGAGAUCACAGGUCUUCCUGUGGGCGUGGCUCUCCAUGGACUGACUAAGACCUAUGGGAACAGAGCAGCCAUAGAGAACCUCAAUGUCAAAUUCUAUGAGGGACAAGUCACUGCACUGCUGGGACACAACGGAGCUGGCAAGACCACUACCAUGUCUCUGCUCACCGGUUUGUUCGCCCCCUCCUCUGGUACCAUUGAGGUGUAUGGGAAGGACAUGGAGACUAACAUUGAUGACGUUCGCCAGGAGCUGGGUGUGUGCAUGCAGUAUGAUGUCCACUUUGACCACCUGACCACCAAGGAGCAUCUGCUACUGUACGGACAGAUCAAGGCACCACACUGGUCACAGAAUGACCUGAAGGCGCAAGUCCGCAAAAUCCUGGAGGAGACUGGCAUGUAUGCCCACCGACACAAGAGAGUGGGGACACUGUCUGGAGGAAUGAAGAGGAAACUGUCCAUCUCCAUCGCCUUUAUCGGGGGCUCUCGUCUCGUGGUCCUGGAUGAGCCCACCACCGGGGUCGACCCCUGCUCCCGACGUGCCAUCUGGGACAUCGUCAUCAAGCACAAGAAGGACCGUACCAUCAUCCUAUCUACCCACCACCUGGACGAGGCAGAGGUGUUGAGCGACCGUAUAGCCUUCCUGGAGAGAGGAGGCCUCAAGUGCUGCGGCUCCCCCUUCUACCUCAAAGAUAAGCUGGCCCAGGGAUACAACCUCACACUCACCAAGAAGGUCCAGGCCCCAGACUCCCAGGCCAGGUUUGACGGUGUCGAGGUCAAGACGUUCAUCCAGUCCUACAUGCCAGAUGCUCGUCUGAAGGAGGCUGAGAUGGGAGACCUGGUCUACUCCCUUCCCCCGUUCAGCUCCUCCAAUGCUGAGGCCUACCGCUCCCUGCUCUCCAGCCUGGACUCUAACCUGGACCUUCUACAGCUGGGCUGCUACGGCAUCUCUGACACUACCUUGGAGGAGGUGUUCCUCCAGCUGACCCAAGAUGAUACAGAGCCUGCAGAAGAUAAGCCAUAUUCUGUGUCUGAAUCCAUGCCAGACCUGUCUGCCUCCAGAGACAGCUUACCAGAGGACCUCCAGAACAACUCCAUCUUCGGAGACAAAGCCAGUCUGACGGGCUCKUCUACGGUGCACGGCCUGGCCCUGACCUGGCAGCAGGUGACUGCUAUGUUGAUGAAGAGGGUUCACCACUCCAGACGGGACUGGAAGGGUCUCUUCUCCCAGGUGGUUCUACCUGUCGUGUUCAUCAUCCUGGCCAUGGGUCUGGGCUCCAUCAAGAGUGACCUGCAACACUUCCCAGAGAUGGAACUGUCACCUGCCCUCUACCAGCUCGGACCACAGUACUCCUUCUUCAGCAACCAGAAUCCAAACUCCAGCAACCUGGUCAACUCUAUGAUGUCAUUCCCUGGGAUGGAUAAUGGGUGUCUGAACAGCCCUGAUAAACCGGUCUGCACCAGAAGCACCAAGUCUGCCAGCUGGGAAGCUAAAGGAGACAGUUCAGUGCCGUUUGAGUCCUGCAAAUGCAACAAAUAUCAACAGGUGUGUCAGUAUAACCAAUACCAGCCUCCCCAUAAGAUGAACCCCUCCUCCCAGAUCGUCUAUAACCUGACUGGCAUCAACAUUGAAAACUAUCUCCUGGCUACAGCCAACAACUACAUCAGGAACAGGUAUGGCGGCUUUGAUUUCGGGGGGGCACUCCCAACUAGUCUCCUGAUGGACCUCUUGGAGGUGCCCGCAAACCGAACCCUCUCCAAGGUCUGGUACAACCCUGAGGGUCACCAUACCAUGCCUGCAUACCUAAACAGCCUCAACAACUUCAUCCUACGUACCAGCCUUCCAGCCGGCAAGGACCCACAGAAUUAUGCCAUCUCUGUGUCCAGUCAUCCCUAUCCUGGUGAAGUACAAGAAGAAGAUGCCAUAGUGCAAGGUCUGGUYCAUAUCCUGGUGGCUGUGUGUGCCCUGACUGGCUACUCCAUUAUGACGGCUAGCUUCGCGAUCUACGAGGUCCAGGAGCACCACAGCGGCUCCAAGACACUGCAGCACAUCUCUGGGAUUGGAGAACCCUUCUACUGGGCUAUCAACUUCUUMUAUGACAUGGCCUUAUACAUGGUCCCAGUCGCUCUCUCAAUUGCCACGAUAGCAGCCUUUCAGCUCCCAGCCUUUACUGACAGGCAGAACCUCGCUGCUGUGAGUCUGCUGCUGGUCAUGUUUGGGUUUGCCACAUUCCCGUGGAUGUACCUGCUGUCAGGGGUCUUUAAGGAUGCAGAGAUGGCCUUCAUCAGCUACGUGUGCAUCAACCUCUUCAUCAGCACCAACACCAUCAUCUCCACCUCCAUCGUCUUCUUCCUGGGACAACUCAAUGAGAACGAUGAAAGGAUACACGAGGUGUACAGCAUCCUGUCCUAUGUGUUCCUGAUCUUCCCCCAGUUUAGUUUUGGGAACGGCCUGAUGGAGCUGGCCAGGGUUGAGAUGCAGGUCCAGAUCCUCAGUGUGUAUGGAGUGGACGCCUAUAAGAACCCCUUCGCCAUGGACAUGCUGGGCUGGAUGUUCGUCUCCCUCUUCCUCCAAGGCUUCAUUGGCUUCACCCUGCGUCUGCUGCUCAACAAGUGGCUCAUACGUAAAGUCAGGAACCUGAUCUUCACCAAGAAGGCAGUGCCUCAGACAGGUAGCCAGGACGAGGAUGAGGAUGUUUUGGCAGAGUGCCAACGUGUGACCAGCGGAGCGGCUGUUACUGACCUGCUGCAGGUCAACCAGCUGACCAAGGUCUACCAUCACCUGGCCAAGAAGGUCCAGGCCGUCAAGAGGCUGUCUGUGGGCAUUCCUGCUGGGGAGUGCUUUGGUCUACUGGGGGUGAACGGUGCAGGGAAGACCACCACUUUUAAGAUGCUGACUGGAGACAUCAGCCCUACUGAAGGGACAGCACAGAUCAAGGACUGGGAUGGGAGGAUGGUUGACAUCAUUGACUGCCGUAACGAGGGCAUCAACAUUGGCUACUGUCCCCAAGUGGACGCUCUGGAUGACCUGCUGACAGGGGAGGAGCACAUGUACUUCUAUGCCCGCAUCCGAGGCAUCUCCAAGAGAGAGAUAGACCGGGUGGUCAAUUACCUACUGAAGAAGCUGGAGCUGGGGUACCAUAGACACACAAUCAGUGACAGUUACAGCUGUGGAACCCGUAGGAAGCUCUCCACUGCCCUGGCACUCAUAGGACACCCGAAUAUACUGCUGCUGGACGAGCCUACCUCAGGUAUGGACCCUCGCUCCAAACGUCACCUGUGGAAGAUCAUCUCAGAGGAAAUCAAGGGGAAGUGUGCUGUAGUUCUCACCUCUCACAGUAUGGAGGAGUGCGAGGCUCUUUGCACCCGUCUGGCCAUCAUGGUGAAGGGUCAGUUCAGGUGUCUGGGCUCCCUGCAGCACAUCAAGAACAGGUUUGGCAGCGGCUUCACGGUGAAGAUGUACCUGGCUGUGUCUUCCUGUGACGUAGAGGUCAUCACCAAUUUCAUGCAGUCCCACUUCCCCAGCACGUACUCAAAGGACCAGCACUCUUCCAUGGUGGAGUAUCAUGUGCCUGUGGCACCUGGAGGUGUGGCGGACAUCUUUGACCAGCUGGAGUCUAACAAGGCCGCCCUGCAGAUCAAGCACUUCUCUGUCAGCCAGACUACCCUGGAUGAGGUCUUCAUCAACUUUGCAAUGGGGAAGGUUGGCAUCGAGACGAUCCCAAUCCACAGCGACGAAUAUUCCGAAGCAGACAGCAUCAGCCUCGACUCCAUCGCGGCUUCAGAUACAUAG